ACAGCCCCGCCUCCUCACAGCAGACCUGCCUUGUCACGUGGGACGGGCGGUCACCACGCCGGCAUUGUGGGAUAGCGGAGGACCGAGCCGGCGGGUCACGUGGUGCAAGGCUGCCCGGGGCUGCGGCGACAUGGAUGUGUUUUUAAUGAUUCGCCGACACAGGACAACAAUAUUCACCGAUGCCAAAGAAUCGACCACAGUUCUGGAGCUGAAGAAGGUAGUCGAGGGCAUCUUGAAGCGAUUGCCUGAGGACCAGCGACUCUACAAGGAUGACCAGCUGCUGGAUGACGCGAAGACGCUGGGUGACUGUGGCUUCACCAGCCAGACCGCCCGACCCCAAGCACCGGCCACAGUGGGACUGGCCUUCAAGUCGCUGGAUGACCAGUUUGAACCACUGCGUAUCGACCCGUUCUCCAGCCCACCAGAGCUGCCGGACGUGAUGAAGCCCCAGGACUCUGGAAGCAGUGCCAAUGAACAGGCCGUCCAGUGAGCUGUCGCACUGGGCAGCCCUUCCAGCUGCCUGUACUCAGCACACUGGCUGAACACACUGGACUCAACCCUUUCCCUCCUCAUCCUUCCUGCUGCCCAUACCAUACCGUCCCUCCCACCUGCUCUCACUCUCUUUCCCUCGCUUUCAGACCUCACGUACCUGCUUUCCCCCUCUGCUUACUCCUCCCACCCCUCCUCGCCCUCUCUGUCCCACAUUCCUCUCUUCCCCCACUUCCUCAUCCCUGUUUUCACUUUUUCCCCCAUCUUCAUCACCCUCUUUCCUCCACUUUGUCCUUUCUCUGUCCCGCAUUCUCCCCCUUCUCUCCCCCUCACUCCCCACUCUCCCUCUCUCUCGAUAUAUCCUCCCUUGUUUGUUUUCUCGUGCCCCACACCCCCCCACCCCAGCCC